UCUCUCGAUCUUUACUAUGCUAGUAAGUUGGCUUUUUUAUAUUCUGGUUUGGGGAUUGUUCCUUCGUAAGAAUGACAGGCAACCGUAUGAGGAAAAUAGGAUAGGAGAAAAAGGGGAGACACACGACCGAAUGGUUCUAGUAGAACUAUUACAUGACCAUGGACGCCAAGGGCCCGGUUUGAGCAACUACUGAAUACUGCGGAACGAUGCUGAUAAUCUCCAGGCACCAUGUGCUGCUUCAGCGGUCUCCGCGAACGUUCAAAUGCAGACAUACCAAAACUGCCCCGAAGCAGUCACCGAGCUUCAGUCCUGCGUGUGUACGAAGAACAAUAACUUUGCCUCAAUAGCGUCGCAAAUCUCGAGCUCGGUAAGGUAUAGCUGUGGCGCGACUGCGUCCGAGGACCAGUCGAGCGCUGCUACUGUGUAUAAUGCGUAUUGCAACCAGGAUGCGAUAACGCCCUUCCCGACGCCGACGAACCCAGUGACACAAUAUAUAACCGACUUUUCGCAGUAUCAUGACCUCGCGCCCUGCGCUGCUUCUGGGCUGUCGUACGCCGUUCAGAGCAUGACGUACAGCCUAUGUCCCAACGAGCCGAGGCUUCUCGCAUCGUGCGUAUGCAAAAAGAACCAGAACUCUCUACUGGCCAGCCAGCGAAUAAAUACCUCGGUGAGAUCGUCGUGUUCUUCGCAAACGGCGGACAUCGAAUCGGCACAGGCUUUAUUGGCGGGUUACUGCGGAUUGGUGGACGGAACAUCGUCAUUUCCGAGGACGAGCAACCCUCCGGGAGACAUGACGUAUUUCAUCACGGCACUUCCCGAGUACAGUUCACUGGCCCCCUGUGCGCGGACUGCGGUAUCGUAUGGUAUAUUGAGUCAAACACGUAAAUUAUGCCCUGCAGGCCCGCAAGCCCUCGCGUCGUGUGCCUGCAUCAAGAACGGCAUGCCCGGCGUCCUCUCCAACGAUGUUACAUCGAACGUGAAAUACUACUGCGACUCAACUGCGACAGAAGAUAUUAGCUCGGCCUUGCAGGUUUUCAGCUUGUACUGUAGUGCGGCUAGGGGUUCAAUAACACCUGCUGGGGUUACCGACUCGGUCGCCCAAACGAGUGCCACGGGGGGUGGCGGGGAUUUGGGGCCGACACGAACUGGAGCCUCCGAAAGUACCGGAAGCGCUAGAGUGCCGGGAGUGCCAGGAGGCUUGGGAGACUCGGGAAGCCUUGAUCAAUCUGGUGAAUCGAACAGCGGGACAUCAAGCACGAAUUCAGGUGCCAAUUCGAACACGGGCACGAUCGUAGGCGCCGUGGUUGGCGUGGUAGGCGGUCUUAUAGUCGUCGGCCUUGCCGUGUUCAUCUUUCGACGGCGAGCACAACAUAACAAAAACCCCAAUGUCGCUUCGGCUGCUGGCCCCGAGGUUGGCGGCGGCAAGCCGGAGCUCGACGGGUCUGGAUUCGUGCCUGCGCCUGGACCGACCAGCCCUAGCCCGAGCACGCUGGAGGCUCACGCGGCGACGCGGAUGGACAACGUGUCCCCGGUUUCAGCGCACAGUUCGCCUCCCAAAUCUGAGCUGCCAAGUCAAGGCGCUUUCCCGCCGUCGCCGAUAGGCCUUCAGCCAUCGGAGUUGCACAAUCAGAAUAUGUAUUCGCAGACGCAAGAGCUGCAAGCACAGAGCGCGAACCCGUCGCAAAUGCGCGGCCCGCAUUCGCCAUAUGGCGGACAGGAAGCGCUCGGCCAACCGAUAUACGAAGCACCGGGCCAGCAGCAGCCGCCGACAUACGAAGCCUACGGGCAACCGAGGUCAGAGCUCCAGGGCAUGAGCUGGCAGUCGGGGCCGGUAACUCAAUACCACGAGAUGGAUGGUGGGCCCCGGGCCCACUGAGCGCGUAGAUGUUGAGAAAAGAGCACCUUGAAGUUGUAUGAGAGGGUGCCGGAGAUGAACGGCUCCGACAACCAAGCUAAUGACCGCAUCGGCUACUCUUAGGCCCGUCCUCGGACCGAGAGCUGAGCUCGUCGUGAAGCUGGGUUGCCCGGAGUCGCUAUCAGCCGCGAUAAGGCGUCGUGACCCUGUGAUGUGCAUAUUUACGGUGCAAAGUCUCUGACGCCAUGGCUACGUGGCAACUUGAUAUGGGCAUAUCCGGCUCAGCGACGAUACCCGCCGUUUUGGUUCGGCAUAGAAGCGACAAAGCGAGAUGGAUUCGGUCUAGGUGAUCGCAUGUAUAAUUGAAGUUGAAGUCAUAAUAAUAUGUAGCACCGGAGUGCGGAUGGUUGCUGGCCAUGAUGUAUGGAUUAUGUAAGUAGAGUACCUGCACAAGUGGGAUUCUCAGGUACUUCCCUAAUGUAGACAUCGCGUAGCAAUCUGAAAGUACCUUGCUUUGAGGGGCGCCUCUGAUUGGGCCGCAGUGCCAAGGGAUGGGGUCUUGUGCGCAAAGCUCUCUUAGCGCUUUUAGGUAGUACGUGGGACAAGUAUCAGUUACCUAAAUGGGUAGACAAUUCC